GUGGUCGCAUGCAAGGACCACUGGGUGAUCAUGUUGCCCAAUGUGGAUUUCAUUCCAGAGCCAUACAUUUUCAAAGAAAUUGAUCUUUGUCCACAUGCUGACAGUUGGUUUGGCCUUGUUGAUUGCUUCCAAUGGCCUCAAACAUACAAAAAAAACUAUGAAUAUGCUGUUUGCAUACCUCAAAAAAAUACAGUCCCUACUCUCAAUAUUGCUUGGUUCACUCUGACAUCCAUGGAUUUCAUCCUUCCACUCAGCUCUGUGUAUCCAGUGGGAACACUUGAAGAGGCAAAGGUCAAGGCCUUUGAAGAACUACUUCAGCAACUGUGCAGCCACUAUCACCCCCUCCACAAUCGACCUGUGGGUCAAGACCUUAUGACCCAACUAGUGUGGUCAGUUCAACAUGAGGUUUUGUGCUUGCAGCAUCACCCCCUUUUAUUCCAAGACCUCAUCAUUUUUGUUGCCCAGCUUCAGUGCAAGCUGCUUGACAUUUACACUUUGCUCAAAUACAUUGAGAUCCUCUACCCACUUCUUUCAUCUCCCUGCUCAAAACCUGUAUGCACAAACCCCACCUGGAUGGGGUGCUUCAUGAAGGAUACUGCCACUUACAAAGCACUAUAUUUCACUGGGGUGCCAGUCUGGCUCAUGUGUACCAAGGCAUGCAUCUCCCCUGAUAUGAAUAUCAAGGAGCCUGUGAGAUUGACAUGCCCUGAAGACAUAGUGAAAGCUAUGUAUUUGGAA